CAUGUCUAGAAGCAUCCCUGACAUAAAUUUGAAUAAGACAAUAGGAAGUAAAGGAACUAUGAAAUCCCAACACAAUUAUUGUUUAUUCUGUGUAAAUCCAACACUAAAGUAUUUGUAUGCAAGAAUCCUCCUCUGAUCUCUUCUCAGUAAUGAAGUCAAGAAAGAUACAGUAUAUAGUCAAUGCACAUGAGUAUAGAUUUUAAUUACAUACUCUUUUUUUAAGUGCAUUUUUUUGGUUCAAGUCCUAUUCUGCAAAUCUUUGAAUUACAGCUGUGACACAGUUAUUAUUGUCUCCGACAUAUUUUUUUCUUUAAUUUUGUGAUUGUUCUGGUCAAAUAUUUCUCACAAUUGAGAGAUGGACACAUAAAAAAAAUAUCUAAAACUUCCCCAGAAACAAAGGGGAAAAGAAACUUCUUACCCCCAACCACCACAAUCUUUCCGCUAUCAGGAAAUAAGUUUGGCUCCAUCUAUAAAAAGAAUGUUUGCUCCUGUUGUAAAUAAUAUGCCUAAUAAUGUGUUUUUUCUCAUGAACCAAAAUGGAACAGUUGGUUCUAAGUGUCAAACAAAUUCCAUUACCUUUACUGGAAUAGCUUUAGGUGCAUAAAUGCGUCCCAAAAUAUAAUUUCCUGAUCUGUAUUAAAAGCAGAAAAAGUCUUAAUAUGCUAUUCAUGUCCUGAUGAAGAAAAAAAUAUUAUAGCAUAGCUAUGUUUUUCACAGUAUAAAUUUGGACUGAACAUAGCUAUAAGUAUGUCUGUUGCUGGAGUUGUGCUAAGAUUGUUCUAAGUAAGAAACUGUUUCACGUCCUGGAGAUUGCCUGUUAAAAAUCAUGGUGUAGUAAUAAUAUAAAUAAAAAAUCAGGCUCCAUAUCAAUAACUGACAUCCCAGGUCAAAUAUUAAGCUGUAAACCAAGGGUUAGCACCUUUGCCCAGCAAGCCAAUCUGAAGUACAAAAAGACCCAAAAAGUACACCAUUUCAUUUCCAACUGCUAUAUCUGCUAUUCCCUCAAAUUUGCAAUAUGUGUAUUUAAUCACAACACAAACAUGCCCAGCAAAUCUUUUUCUGCUGUCUAUUCAUAAAAUUGUCUUUUCUAAUCCCAACCUUGCUGUUAGGUUGUUGUUGUUGUUGUUUUCUUGGCUGUACACUGCCCAGAAGCUCACAACUGGGAAUAGCUUGCAAAGACUAUAAAUAAAUACAUAAAAUGAAAGUCAAAGGGGUUUCUUUUACUUGCAAAGUACUCUUGAAAAUGCAGUGAUUUUCCAUAACAUCAACAUUUAGACAUGAGUUCCUAUCAUUUUUAUCAGGAAAAAAACUUGCCAAAAACUUGGAGCUGGCUGAAAGUUUGGUGCUUGAGAUAAUACACAAAAAUGAGAGCUACCCAGACUGAGACCACCCACUAAAUUUAAGGCUUCAGAUAAAAAGGAUCCCACGAUGAGAGCAAAAUGUGGUAAAUAAGAAAUAUUCACCUUCUAUGCAAAGUAAUUGUUCUCAUUCUGUUAUUUUAAAUCAGUGUUUUUCAAUCUUAACGGAGGCGUAGACUUCCAACUCCCAGAAUUUCCGAGCAUUUGAACAUUCUUGUAAAUGUGUUCCUUUGGAUCUUUUGAACACUCUUUCUAUCAACCCAGGGCGUGAUGGGGAAUUUGGAAGUCGCUUUCUGUCCAAUGAUUUACUGUUCUUCCAGCCACAAACACUGAAAAAGAAAAUAGUGCCUAUCUCCUGCAACUGACUCAGCAUGACAGGAAAAAAAUUCUUCUUCAGAAAUGUCAUUUUAUAAUGCAACUAAAUCUUUGGCAAAAAUGAUAGACUCACAAGGAGAUUGGGUUCCGGUACCCAGCUUGAUAGAUCAUAACAAUUUUAGGCCCUUUUGCCUGCUACAAAAGAAAAAGAAGACAUCGUGGUGGCAGAGCUGUCCUUUUCACAAAACCGAAUACCAAUUUCAUGAUCUGCUGUUAUCAGGAAAUGACACUUCAAGUCUAGUAUGCAACAAUUCAGACUUACUCACCCUUGAAGUCACUGUAGAUGGAACACUGAAGGGGGAUAUUAGUGGAAUUACUGACACUGAAAUAGCUACUAAUGUCAGCAUUUCUUAUGAAACGUCUGUAAAGCUGAAAAAGAUACAUGUUCCAAUCCAAGACCUUGAUUCUUUGAUGAAAGAAAAAAAAAUCAACAAUGAACAUCCAUUUAUUAAACAAUCAAGGAAGCUCCAGAGGAACUUGUAUGUGAUCACUGCAUCAGCAGAAUCUGUGGAAAUGACAAAGUUUGAAGAAUCUAACAAACUGGAAAGCAGCAUUUUUCAUAAAGCCCACGUCAAACUGAGCCUGAAGGGUGCCAGAGAUAAGAAGAAAAUAAUCACUAUCCCAAAGGGAUGCAUCUUGGCAUUCAAGGCUAAGAAAUUAUUUAUAGAAGAAGGAACUGUAGGUAUUUCUUAUUACUCAACUGAUAAACUAGGAACUUUUGGUAUGUCUUCUUACUCAACUGAUAAAAUAGGAACCUUUGGUAAACGGGUUGUAGUUGGAGGUAUUUCUUCUUACUCAACUGAUAAAAUAGGAGCUUUUGGUAAACGGGUUGUGCUUGAAGGUGGAGCAUCCUCCUCCCCUUUGGAUCACCCUGCAGCGGGGGAAGAGAAACGGAGUGGGCACUUGAGUAGGAGACUUAGGAUGUCCCCUUGCCCUCCCGCACCAUUGCCACCACCACUGCCACCACCACUCUCAGCUCCAGCACAGCAUCUGCAUUUCAACCAAGGGCCGCUCGACCACCCACCGGCCAGGCCGGACUGGAUACCAAUGUCAGAAGACAAUAGGAAAAACCUUAGAAAGGAAAUUGAGGAAGAAUAUGUGCCAUUUUCUUUAAUGUCUUCAAACCUGCGUGGAAAAUUUCUAACUAGUUUUGUGGUUCUAAUGAAGAAAAGUGAACCUUUGGAAGAACUGGAAGAACUGGAGCUCCAGCUGGAACAGGUUCUUGAGGACCCUGAACAAUUCAGAAGGCUAAAUAUGGCUAAACCAGAGUUUAAGAAUCUGAUGGACAACUUGCAAGAUGUCAAAGGAGCAAUUGAUACUGAACUUGCUGAGGCUACCCUCUAUUUUCUUCAGGCUCUUGCUGAACUGACAGAGGUCCAGAUAAUGCUAUUGGUAGAAUCUAUGGAAAAAAAGAUUGUAUCCCAGCAACUGAACCUGGUUGGAGGAAUCCUAGAUAAAUAUUUCUGGAAUGAAAAACAUAAUUUUAUUGUAGAAGUCCAGGAGUUACCUGAAGAGGAAUGGGAUAUAACUGAAGCAUUAGUUAAAGAAAUAAGUGAAAUAUCCAUUCAACGAAGUGAAUGCACUGUUACUGGAUCUGUACACCCUUCAGCUCUCCCUUCAGCCCUCCCUGCACUGUAUGUGGCUCUAUUUGGAAUUGAUCUUCUAUCUAAGGAAAGUUUUUAAGUCAUUCUUUUAAAUCAGAGUAUGUUUGCAGAUAGAAAAGAAUCGUGUACAAAUGCAGCAGUCUAAUAUAUUCAAAAGGAAAGUUGUAAUCUAACAGCCUUAUUUGAAAGGAAGCUUGCCUGAGAAUAUAAAUUUAUAUUAUUAACUAGAUAUUUAGUUCUUGCAUUCAAUUUUCCAUAACUGCAUUCACACAAAACUCUAAACCAUUUGUAGUUUGGUUUAGUGGAUUGUUCAAAUUUAGAUAGGGUCAGUCAGAAACCAUUACUGUGAUUAAAAUAAUCAUUAAACAUAAGGUUAAAAAAAAAACUAAUUUAAAAUUAAAUGUCCUUAAAUAUAUUAUUAAAUCUAAACCAUAAAUAUAUUGCCCCAUCUUCUCAUUUUAGAAUAUGACAUUUCAGAAAUGGAUAAAGAAUUGCAUUUUAAAUCUAGUUCUUAUUAAUUCGUUUUACGUUACUUCUGUCACAAUCCAGGAACCUUCUCCUCAACUUAUGUUUGGAAGAGAGGACUUGUACAACUGUUACUGGCAAAUAUAAAAGAACUAUAAUAAAAUUAAAAUAAACUGUAAAACUCCUAUAGUAUGAACUACAUAGCUACAGAAAUCAUUUAUCCUCAUAUUUAAACAUUCCUUCAGACCGAGAUCAAUAUCACAGCCACUAACUAAAAUUACUUCCUCUUUUUUUGCUUUUUAAAAUAAUGUUACAUUUUUGUGGCUUUAAGUAGUCACAUGAAAAACAUUUCUCACUCUAACAUUUAUCAAUAGGUCAUGGAAGCAUAACUAUCAAGUAGCUACAUUUUUAUAAAAAAGCAACUCCAUGGGGUGGCUGCAUAACCAGAGAGCUUGGAGCAGGAGGUUGAAGACCCUCCAGUUUCAGUCCUGCUUUCACUGUUUCUUUCCCCUUUUGUUUCAUAGUCUUAUUAUAUUUAAUAUACUGUAAAAAGGGAAACAAAAUUUCAUUUUAAAAUUAUCAAAUUAUUUCAGAUAGGCUUUGAAAUAAAGGAAGCAGGAGACAGAACCUACAGAGAUUCUGUAUAGUACCAUCCUACUGCUCCCUCGACACAGCACUUCUAACGUAAAGGGAGACUGGCUAGUCACAAGUUGGGUAUAUUUGUUCUCUAAUGUGGCAUUACUUAAGCUAAUGUUGGUAAGUGGAUACAUUGCAUUGUCUGGAUUUGAAAAAGAAGAAAAUAAUAAUAAAAUGGCUUUCCUAUAUAACCUUUCAAUGCAAUAACGGACCAGUCAUGUACUACUUAUACUGUGAUUUGAGUUUCUUAUUUGGAUCACAAGUUGAAUGAAGCUUGGGAUAACUUAUUUAAUGAAGGAUUACUGAAUAAACUCAAUUGCUUGAAUUGUA